AUGGUCUCCGUUAAAAGUUUAGAAACCAAAGUGACCCUUACUUCAACCCCAAUCCGAGGAGCAGGAGAUGGAAUGGAAACUGAGGAACCAUCUAAAUCUGUUGAAGUCUUCUCUAGAGUCCAGUCCAGAAAACAUCAUAUCCCUCAGAGUCCAUGGAAGAAAGCUGUUCCAUCAGAGAGCCCAGGAGUUCUUCAGUUAGGGGAAAUUCUCACUGAAAAGGCAGUGGAAGUCGAAGCUGUAAGAAUAUUAGUUCCCAAAGCUGCUAUAACUCAUGAUAUCCCCAAGAAAAAUGCAAAGGUUAAGUCUCUGGGACAUCAUAAAGGAGAAUUUCAUGGUCAGUCAGAGGGAAUUACAGAACCUACUAAAGAACUCUCAGAGGUAAAGAAUAUGUUGGAAAAGCUCAAGAACUCUGAAAGAAAGUUGCUACAGGACAAAGAAGGUCUUUCAAACCAACUCCGAGUACAGACAGAGGUAAAUCGUGAGUUAAAAAAGUUGCUGGUGGCUUCUGUCGGGGAUGAUCUUCAGUAUCACUUUGAACGUCUAGCCCGUGAGAAAAAUCAGCUUAUUUUAGAAAAUGAAGUGCUAGGUCGAAACACAGCUCAGCUUUCCGAACAGUUAGAACGUAUAUCAAUACAGUGUGAUGUAUGGCGAAGUAAAUUCCUCGCAAGCAGGGUAAUGGCAGAUGAGCUAACCAACUCCAGAGCAGCUUUGCAGCGUCAGACCCGUGAUGCACACGGCGCCAUACAAGAUCUCUUGAGUGAACGGGAGCAGUUUCGUCAGGAAAUGAUAGCUACCCAGAAAUUACUGGAGGAGCUCUUAGUCUCCUUGCAGUGGGGAAGACAGCAAACUUACUCCCCUAGUGCACAACCCCAUAGCACAGCAGAACUAGCGUUAACAAAUCACAAGUUGGCAAAAGCAGUAAAUUCUCAUCUUCUGGGAAAUGUUGGCAUUAGCAGUCAAAAAAAGAUUCCAUCAACAGUUGAAUUCUGCAGCACCCCAGCUGAGAAAAUGGCUGAAAAGGUAGAAUUAGGCCUAUCUUACUGCUUAGCUUGUCCACUAUUCAAAUUCAAAGUUGACAUAAACAGGACUUUGUAUAAGACCUUGAACCAGGCUUAA